AUGUCCACAGCUGUUGCGCCCGCGACGGCUGCCCCGUUAUCCUCGCCGCAUAUGACCCGUGAUCCGAGUCCGAGGACGUGCCCAACACUGGCACCGACGGUGACCACUACGCCGCCCCGACCGUCUGGCGGCUCGCACGACGGUUCGUCGACCAAGAGUUCCCCCACGGGGAAGAACCAAAGCUCGCCGUCGUUGCAGAAUGGUAGUCAUGGCUCCAAGGUCUUCGUCAAGAAAGAACCCCCCUCCUCGCCCGCCAUCCAGUCACAAAACUCCCGUCCGCGUCCCCGUCGCUUAGAUCUCUCCACUAGCCUUCCCAAUUCCGAUCGGCUGUCCGCUCGUGCCCCCGGAGGCCCCAUGACCGCCCGAGAAGGCGUCAAUAUGCAUCAAGUGGGCAUUGCUUGUCUGUCCCCCGGUUUCCAAACCCACGAUCCCAUCAUGCGAGAGCAAUUGCAGCGGAGCCUGUCCGUCCGGGAUCAGCAGCGCUCCAUCAUCGAGUCGCGCCUGCAGCGGUCGGCCAAGGAUGAUGGCUCCGAGGGCUUCGCACACGUGCUCGGCCCGCCCAAGACGGCCUCCAAGAAACGCCCGCCGGGCUUGUCGAUCGUGCCCCCCUCGGCCACCCAGUUCGCCAGUGAGCGUGUCAUUCAAUCCGCCCCGUUGAACCAGACCUUUACCGGCCGACACCAGGCCCAGCCGUUGACGCGCCACGUCGUCAACCAGAGCCCGACCCUGGCCUCCACCUCCCAUAUCCAUCAUGUCCCCGCCAACCAGACGAACAACCGCCUGCCCCCGCUCGCCGAUGUCUUUGGAUCGGAGACCCUGGGUGCGCGGGACCGGGAGGUGACCCGGGCGCCGUAUUACCCCUCCACCUCCGCCUCCAACUCCUCCGACCCGAAAUCGUUGGCCGCGUUGCCCUCCCCCCGGAUAUCCAGCACGGGGGUCCCCCAGCCCCCCUCUCACCGACCGCGCGAGUACCGUUCAGCCGAAGAGGCCGUCCAGGAACUCUCCGGGGGCCGGGAGGAUUUGCUGCCGCGCAUUGUCCACUACGGGGGACAUCAGCCUCCGACGCCACCCUCCCCGCGCCUGGGCAAGUCGGCUCCGACGCACCCAGAGGCACCCAUGGGGACGCAUCCGUCUGCCCCCGCUCCGCACCCGAUGCUGUUCGCCCACGAGGGAACGGGGCGUCGUCGCCCCCGCAGCGAAUACGAGCGGGACAACGGAAGCCCCCCGCUGGGCCACGGCCCGGAGCUCCAUCGAACGAACCCCGCCUUGGGGCCGCCCCCGAGCGCCUCGUACGGGCCCUUUGGAGCCGGCCGCGAUUCUCCCGAGACGCAGCGGAAGAAGAAAGAAGAGUUCCUCGGCCUGUGCUCCCGCGCAUGGGAUCUCUUCCAUUCCUAG